AUCCUCUAGACUAUUUUCUUUACACCAAAAAUAAAAAGACACAAUGCAAUUCCAUUUCACUUUCUGGAUGUAAUUAGACCUAUCCUCAAAACAUCUACCAUUUCUUUCUUUCCACACUGUCCACCAAAUACAGACUGGGACUAUUCUCCACCACUUAUUCUGACUUUUGCUUCCCCCUCUUCUAAUCCAGCAACUCAAAAGGUCAGCAGUAUGUUCUGGCAUUGUCCAUCUGAUUCCUAUUAGGCUUAUGAACAAAGACCAAAUCUGUGAAGUUGCUUUACAAUGUAAAAAAAAAGGUGACUGUUGGUCUCUUCUGCCUCAUUGCUAGAAAACAUCUGGACACAAUUUGGAAUCCCUCUUUUUCGAAGCUUCCUGAGUGGAACAAGCCUUCCUAGCCACCAACCAAGAAAAACAUUUAACCUUAGAAGGUGCUAUGCUUUUCCAGAUAUGCUUCCAAGGCCCUAUUUCACAUCCUGGUUGCUCCCUCACUUCUUUUUUAUAUAUUCUGUUCACUGUGAAGAUCCCAUCAGUUGCAUAUUUCCAUCUGAUUGUGUCAGGAGUUAGAGCGGUGCCUUUGAAACUGCUGAUUUCUUGCAAGAGUUGUGCCAACCUGUUCACUUCCCAAUCAUUCAGGUGCCUUCUGAAGGGAAAUGAAGUUUGGAGAAAAGCAUGGGCUGCUUCUGUGUUCCACCUCUGCCUAUCUGUGACUUUUAAUAGCUUUGUUCAAAGCUUUCUCUUAAAUCCUUAAAACUCAUAUGUUCUUUCUCUUCAAGUCUUUCUGGCUAUUGCCUGUGAACAGAUUGAGAAGGACUAAUGAUCACCAUCCAACUACGGGGCCAUUGUUUAUCUACUCUCUUACAUCAUCUUCAUUCCCUAAAUUCUGGUCCUUUUUCUUCUUUUCGCGUCUCUCUUUCCUCUCUACCAAAGGUGGUAACCAUAAAGUCUGCUCAAAAUGCAAACCAAGAAAAUCCUGUUCUCCUCAACUAUCUAAUAAACACGUUGAACUUUCCAAAACCUAAAGCCCUGGCAGUAUCCAAUCGUUUGCCUUGGGUCAGAAGUGUUGAAAAACCUCAAUUGGCUGUACAUUUCUUCAAGUCCAUUGGAUUCACAGAUGCACAAAUCCAUUCCGCUGUUAGUAAUGCCCCGCAAAUCCUCCUUGCUGAUGUUGAAAAGACACUGAAGCCAAAGAUCCAGGUAUUACAAGAAUUGGGUAUCACUGGUUCUGAUCUGGGUAGGCUUAUGUCCACAAAGACCAAUAUAUUAACACGUAGCCUGGAUAAAAUACUAAAGCCUUCCAUUGAUGUUCUCAAUAAAGUCCUUAUAAACGGUAUUCAUAAAGGCGAUUGGUUACGGGUACUACAAAGGUGUGAUUGGGUUCUUCAUAAAUCCCCUCACUUGAGACUGAUUCCUAAUAUUUCAUAUCUGGAGAGCGUUGGGAUUGUCGGGACUCAACUAUCAUCACUCUUGAAGAGACAACCUUAUCUUUUUGUUGUGCCUGAAUCUGAGCUUAAAAAGCUUGUCUCUAGACUUAUGGAUAUUGGGUUUUCUACUGAUUCAAGAAUGUUAAUGCAUGGCCUUCAUACUCUUGGUUGUAUUUGUCAGGAGUCUUUUUCGAAGAAAUUACUAUUGUUUCAGAGUACUGGUAUCUUCAAAAAUGAGUGCAUGGAAAUGUUUAGGAGAGCACCAGCUUUAUUCUGAACUUCGGAGGAGAAAUUAAGACUCAGACUGGAGUUCUUCUUGGAAGCAGUGAAGUUAAAGAAGUCAACUAUAGUACAGCAUCCUACACUUUUGAUGUUUAGCAUGGAGGAUAGAGUGAUUCCCAGAUAUCAUGUUUCUCAGCUGAUAAAGUCGAAAAAGCUUUUGGAGAAAGACCCAAGUUUUUAUUACAUGAUGCGUUUGUCAGAGCAUCUGUUCUUGGAAAAGUACAUA